AUGGAGACUAAAAAUGAUACAACAGUGACAGAGUUCAUUAUUUUGGGAUUAACAGAUAAUCCUACACUAUGUGCCAUCUUCUUUGUCAUUUUUCUAGCAGUUUAUAUAGUUACCAUAGUGGGAAAUAUCGGCAUAAUCCUCUUAAUCCGAAGCAGCCUGCAGCUUCACACCCCUAUGUACCUUUUUCUCAGCCAUUUGGCCUUUGUGGACAUCGGGUAUUCCACAUCAGUCACACCAGUCAUGCUCAUCAGUUUCUUAAGAGACAAAACUACUAUCCCUGUCACUGGCUGUAUAGCCCAGCUUGGCUCUGAUGUCGCUUUUGGGACUACGGAGUGCUUCCUACUGGCCACCAUGGCCUCCGAUCGCUAUGUGGCCAUCUGCUCUCCCCUGCUCUACUCCACCCACGUCCCCAGGGUCUGCUUCCUCCUACUGGGGGCUGCCUACCUGGGUGGAUGCAUGAACGCUUCAUCGUUCACAGGCUGUUUGAUGAACCUGUCUUUCUGUGGCCCAAAUAAAAUCAACCAUUUCUUCUGUGACCUCUUCCCACCCUUGAAGCUUUCUUGUGGCCAUGUCUACAUUGCUGAAAUAUCUCCUGCCAUCUCUCCUGCAUCUGUCCUUAAAGGCACACUGUCUACCAUCGUCGUCUCCUACAUCUGCAUCCUCCACUCCAUCGCGAACAUGCACUCAACUGAGGGCAGAAACAAGGCUUUCUCUACCUGCCCUUCCCACCUCACUGCAGUCACUUUGUUUUAUGGGACAGUUUUGUUUGUUUAUGUGAUGCCCAAAUCGAGCUAUUCAGCUGAUCAGGUUAAAGUGGCCUCUGUGAUCUACACUGUGGUGAUCCCCAUGUUGAACCUCCUCGUCUACAGUCUGAGUAACAAGGAGGUGAAAGAGGCCAUGAAAAAACUGAGAGCAAGAACAUGUUGGUUUUCCUGA